UUCCAGAGAAGUUUUAACCUUUGCGUGAAGGAUGAUGAGUAGUUGUUAGGAUUAUGUUGUUGUUGUUGAACAGUUUUAGAGAAUGAAUGAGGUGGCAGGCUCAGGGUACAAGCUCAAUAGAAAAGUGAAACUUGCAGUUGGAAAAGCAAAAGCUUCUAAAAAUGGUUUUAAAUCAGAGGGUAGAAGGAAGAAGCCGAGUGAAACAGAAAUAGAGGGACCAAGCAGGAACUAUAAUAUUGAUGGAGCUGUAUUGCCCAAGGAGAAGAUUGAAGGAAGGAGCAACUCUGGAUCUGGUGUAAAAGAUAGAAGACAUCAUUUAGGCCAGGAAGGUUACAAGAGAAGGAUUGCUGAAAAACUGCAACUUGGGCAAGCAAGUUUGGACCGGAAAAGAAAAAGAAUCUAUGCAGAUCAAGAUAUUAGCAAAGAAGGAGUUUUGCACAAUAAUGAGGUACCAAAUAGAAAAUCUUUGUCUAGAGAGGGACAGUAUCUGCAUAAAAAUGACUUCUCUAAAGGGAAAAGAAAUACAAAAGGAAAAUCUCGUGAACUUGAGACAUCCAAUGGAGGGGUUUCUUCUGCUACAAGAAGAAACUCUUACAAGGAUAAGGUCUUUGAUGGAAGAAGAAAAAGUACAGCUGUUCAGUUUCCAAAGGACAGUGACAGUCUUGAUGUGAAAGAUUAUUCGUGUAGCACCGAGAACAGAAAGAGAAGUUCUGGAGUGUUUGAUGGUAAGUUGAAGACAAAAGGAAAGGCUGAAGGUAGGGGGGUAUCUUCCAAUCUGAAUGAAGGUGAGAAUGGCCCACAUAAAAAGCAUGCAAAAGGCAAACCUGACUCAACUAAGUAUGAGAACCAGAGGCAGAACAGGUAUCAAGCUCUUGAUAAAACUACCAAGAAGAUUAUGCGUGACAAAAAAGAUUUAAAUGAUGAAUCUGGGGAGACUGAUAGGCCACCGAAGAAAAAAAAGCGAGUAAUUAGAAUAGAUCCACAUGAUAUCUCAAAUAAGAGACUAGAUGAUGGUAUUUCUGUCAAUGAGAGUAUUGUAAAAAAGAAAGCAGAUCCAGAGGAAAAGAUCGAACUCUCCAAAAAUGCACAGUUUCGUGCAAUACAACCUGGCCCCUCCAUCCUUUCCUUUGUGGAAGAUAAUUUAUUGGGUCGGAGGCGUUUGAUUGAAUUGCGAAGGUCAGGCUACAACAUCGAGCUCUCUGCCCCUCUAGACAAUGUCCCUUUCUCAACAAGUUCAGAAAGGGAAAGGAUUGAAGAAUCUGUAUUUAGGAAUAAGUUGACUUAUUUUGCUGCUGCAAAGGUUUCCUCGUCUUUUCUUCCAGCUGAGCUUCCUGAGAUAGCAUUUGCUGGAAGGUCGAAUGUUGGGAAGUCAUCUUUACUAAAUGCUCUUACAAGACAGUGGGGUGUAGUAAGGACAUCAGAUAAACCUGGGCUUACUCAGACCAUCAAUUUCUUCGAGCUAGGAACAAAACUCUGUUUGGUGGAUUUACCUGGAUAUGGUUUUGCUUAUGCGAAAGAAGAAGUUAAGGAUGCCUGGGAAGAGCUUGUGAAGGAGUAUGUUUCUACACGGGUUGGUCUUAAGCGAGUAUGCCUUCUUAUAGACACCAAAUGGGGAAUGAAGCCGAGGGAUCAUGAGCUUAUCAACCUGAUGGAAAGAUCUCAAACGAAGUAUCAAAUUGUAUUAACCAAGACUGAUGUGGUAUUUCCACUUGAUGUUGCACGCCGUGCCAUGGAAAUUGAAGAGAACCUUAAGGCAAAUAAGUCCAUUAUUCAACCAGUGAUGAUGGUGAGCUCCAAGACAGGAGCUGGAAUCCGAUGUCUAAGAACAGUGCUUGCAAAAGUUGCUCGGUUUGUGAAGGUUUAGAAGGUUAUUUUGGAAUUAAAUCAACAUGGUUUUGAACUGAUUGAUGAAUAGAACAUUUUGGCCUUCGGCAGUAUUAUGCACAUUGAUUGAGAUGGGAAGUUCCACUCUUGCCUAACCUCAUACUUUCACCAUU